CGUUGGCGGAGGGGGUGCAGUAAUGUUCGCGGAUGUGUUUUUGGUGUAGACUACCCCGUCAUCCUCCGGCCGCUCUGCUUUGUCACUCCCAGCCUCUUUAUUUACAUCAUUCUCCUAUAAUUCGCCCCCGAAUCCGCACAGAUGCCUCUGGAGAAUCUGGAAGAAGAGGGUUUGCCUAAAAACCCCGACCUGAAGAUCGCGCAGCUGAAGUUUUUGCUCACUCUGGAUGGACACCGGCAGGACACGGAGCUCAAAUCCGAGCUGAUGGAGGCGAUCCGGGCCAACAAUAUGGCUCCAUACUAUGAGGCUUUGUGCAAGGAGCUGAAGUGGCCAGUGGACUCGGACCUUCUCGGCAAAAUGAAGAAGGCCAAUGAGGAUGAGCUGAAACGCUUGGACGAUGUCUUGGAGGAUGCAGAGAAGAACCUCGGGGAGAGCGAGAUCCGGGAUGCCAUGAUGGCCAAAGCUGAAUAUCUGAUUAGGAUCGGGGACAAGGAAGGAGCUUUGACUGCUUUCAGAAAAACUUACGACAAGACCGUUGCACUGGGACAUCGCUUAGACAUCGUAUUCUAUCUGCUGAGGAUUGGCCUCUUUUAUAUGGAUAAUGACCUCAUCACUCGAAACACUGAGAAGGCCAAGAGUCUGAUUGAAGAAGGUGGUGACUGGGACAGGAGGAAUCGUCUGAAGGUAUAUCAGGGCCUCUACUGCGUCGCCAUCAGGGACUUCAAGCAGGCAGCCGAGCUGUUCCUGGACACCGUGUCCACUUUCACCUCAUAUGAACUAAUGGACUACAAAACCUUCGUCACGUAUACCGUUUAUGUGUGCAUGAUCGCUCUGAAGAGGCCUGACCUGAGAGAAAAGGUGAUAAAAGGUGCAGAGAUUCUGGAGGUGUUGCACAGUCUUCCUGAUGUGCGUCAGUACCUGUUCUCUCUCUACGAGUGCCGUUACUCUAUCUUCUUCCAGUCUCUAGCUCGUGUUGAGCAGGAGAUGAAGAGGGACUGGCUGUUCGCUCCACAUUACCGUUACUAUGUACGCGAGAUGCGGAUCCUAGCCUACAGUCAGCUGCUGGAGUCCUAUCGUUCUCUCACCCUGGGCUACAUGGCUGAAGCCUUUGGAGUCAGCACAGAAUUCAUCGACCAGGAGCUCUCCAGAUUCAUUGCUGCGGGUCGUUUGCACUGCAAGAUCGACAAAGUGAACGAAAUUGUUGAAACUAACAGGCCGGACAGUAAGAACUGGCAGUACCAGGAAACCAUAAAGAAAGGCGACCUCCUGCUGAACAGAGUGCAGAAGCUCUCCCGGGUCAUUAACAUGUAGCCACAUACAGUAUCGGGGGGGGGGGGGUCAAACCUUUGAUGCUUGUUUCAACACAAAUGUUGUCCCAAUAGUAAAACAUGACUUUUUUUGUUUUAUGUACAGUAUAUAAUAAAAUCUUUUCAGAGAAAUCUUUGUCUUCAUUGUCUGUGACUGUAAGGAAGGCUCACCUGUGCAUAACAGUGCAGAAUAAGGCAUAACAACAUGUAUAUAGUAGAUAGUAAACCUGCAAAUACAACACACAACAACAUAUGUGCACACAAGUCCCCAGAAUUAGCAAAAGGAAAACAAUGCAAAAUGUGAAAUCAAAGCACAAUGACAAUACAAGAACCUUCACCUUUUUGAAGAGUUCUAUAUAGGGUUCUUCUAUUGUAACAAGCCUGACAUCAUAACAGCAGGACCCUUUUCAAAGGGUCAAAGCUUCUAUAUAGAACCAUGCACAGCAUGCUCUCCAUCAAUCUGAAGAACACUUUAUUCAUGCAGUGUUCUGUGGCUGUUCAUGGAUCUAUAUACAACCACUUUCUCUGCUAAAGAACCUUUGAAGAACCAUCUUUUUUGUGUGUUGAGUUCCCCUGUUGCACCAGCGAGAACUGAUGUUCAUUCUGAAUCCUAGUAAAAUGAACCAGUUGCUCUGAUAAGGUGACAAUUUUCAGAGCUGGAUUUGGCCUGCUGUCAUGCUGAAAUUCACUUUUGGACUUUAAGUCAGUGCCUAGAAUAAAACCCUUGGUAAAUCUGUUCUGUGGAUUUAUAGAGGAGGCAAACUGCAUAAGGUAAGUAUCAUCACUGCAAUGAUUGUUUCCAGUGCCAGCAUGUAGUAGCUACAGAGUACACAGCGUUUGAGAGACUGCUUAACUGGCCUUUUAAGUUGCGGUUUGUCAUCUGCACGUUUUAUUUGACAUAGUCGUUUGGGCCUCCGGGCAAGUUCCACAUUUUGUUGACUUUAUAAGUGAGUUAGAGUUAACACAUCCUCUAUAGAGAAGGAACUUCUGCACAUUUUAAUGUACAGUUACUGUUCA